AACUUUCAUCGAGAAGCACUACAAAGUAGAAGCUCCACUCUCCCUCUUCACUCUAUUCCACCCGCUCUGAAUCAAUCCUUGCAAUGUCUGGUCUUUUGUGUUAUCUUUUGUGUCUUGUGAUGGCGGGGAUAGCUAACUCUGCCAAAUUUGACGAGCUUUUCCACCCAAGCUGGGCCUUAGACCACUUCAUUUAUGAACGAGACCUCAUCAAACUCAAGCUUGACAACUAUUCUGGUGCUGGUUUUGGAUCUAAAAACAAAUAUAUGUUCGGUAAGGUGACGAUUCUGCUUAAGCUAAUUGAGGGUGACUCUGCAGGAACUGUUACCGCUUUCUAUAUGUCAUCGGACGGUCCCUAUCACAACGAGUUCGAUUUUGAAUUUUUGGGCAACACCACAGGCGAACCGUACUCUGUUCAGACCAAUCUCUAUAUCAAUGGCGUGGGCAACAGGGAGCAGAGGCUCAACCUCUGGUUCGAUCCCACCAAGGACUUUCACGCCUACUCCAUAUUCUGGAAUCAGCGCCAAGUUGUAUUCUCAGUGGACGAAACGCCAAUAAGAGUGCACACAAAUAUGGAACACAGGGGUAUCCCGUUCCCAAAAGGCCAAGCCAUGGGUGUGUACAGCUCAAUCUGGAACGCAGACGAUUGGGCCACACAGGGAGGAAGAGUGAAGACGGAUUGGAGCCAUGCUCCGUUCAUUGCGACGUACAAAAGCUUCGAGAUUAAUGCGUGCGAGUGCCCGGUGACGGUGGCGGAAGCGGAUAAUGCGAAGAGAUGUAGUAGCAGUGAAGAUAAGAAGUAUUGGUGGGACGAACCUACCGUGUCGGAGCUGAGUCUGCACCAGAGCCACCAGCUUAUGUGGGUCAGGGCUAACCAUAUGGUUUAUGAUUAUUGCUCCGACACUGCUAGAUUCCCUGUGAUUCCUGCCGAGUGUGUCCAUCACCAUCACAAGGUGUAGCGAGGAAGAAAGAGUCCGGGGUGAAAUCAAAAAGGAAACACGGGCUUCAUGUUUCCCUUUGUCAUAUAUCGUGAUAACUAUAAUGCUAAUUUCUUUCCUUGUUCUUUGUACAAAUCAAGUAAUAUAAUCCUGUUGAUCAA